AGGCUCGGCCUGGGCGGCGGGGAGCGGAUUAGGGGAGGAGGGAAGACCGGAAGCCACAGUCGCGUCCCCAUCCUUAGAUUCGCUCCCCCGGGCUGGGAGCGAAGACGGAGGAGGAGGAGGGAGAGGCUGAAUGUUGGCUCCGUAAUAAAGGGGAGCGGCCGCUCCGGAGCCUCCUCCCGGGGCGCCCCCUCAUCCCGCCCGAUCUCUGCACCCCCACUGGCUCCUGGGCGCCUGGCCCCCGCGGACGGCCCGGCAGCGCAGACCUUCGCUGAAGAGACGCGGCCAGUGGCGGGGACUGGCCGGCGGCGUCCGAGGCCCGCGCCCCGCCGCCACCCCCACCCGCUUGCCCGCCGGUCCCUCCGGCCGCCGCCAUGUCCUCCUCCUCAUCCUCUCCCAGGGAGGCGUACGAGGAGGACCGCGAGUACGAGAGCCAGGCCAAGCGCCUUAAGACCGAGGAGGGGGAGAUCGACUACUCGGCUGAGGAAGGCGAGAACCGCCGGGAAGCGACGCCCCGGGGCGGGGGCGAUGGCGGCGGCGGCGGCCGGAGCUUCUCACAGCCGGAGGCAGGUGGAAGUCAUCAUAAAGUUUCUGUUUCACCUGUUGUCCAUGUUCGAGGACUCUGUGAAUCUGUGGUGGAAGCAGACCUUGUGGAGGCCCUGGAGAAAUUUGGGACAAUAUGCUAUGUUAUGAUGAUGCCAUUUAAACGGCAGGCUCUAGUGGAAUUUGAAAACAUAGAUAGUGCCAAAGAAUGUGUGACCUUUGCUGCGGAUGAACCUGUGUACAUUGCUGGUCAACAGGCUUUUUUCAACUAUUCUACGAGCAAAAGGAUCACUCGGCCAGGAAAUACCGAUGAUCCAUCAGGAGGCAACAAAGUUCUUCUGCUAUCAAUUCAGAAUCCUCUUUAUCCAAUUACAGUGGAUGUUUUAUAUACAGUAUGCAACCCUGUUGGAAAAGUACAACGUAUUGUUAUAUUCAAGAGAAAUGGGAUACAAGCAAUGGUUGAGUUUGAAUCAGUCCUUUGUGCCCAGAAAGCUAAAGCAGCACUCAAUGGAGCAGAUAUAUAUGCUGGAUGUUGCACACUAAAAAUCGAAUAUGCAAGGCCAACUCGUCUAAAUGUUAUUAGGAAUGACAAUGACAGUUGGGACUACACUAAACCAUAUUUGGGAAGACGAGAUAGAGGAAAGGGUCGCCAGAGACAAGCCAUUUUGGGAGAACACCCUUCUUCGUUUAGACAUGAUGGCUAUGGCUCCCAUGGUCCAUUAUUGCCUUUACCAAGUCGUUACAGAAUGGGCUCUCGAGAUACACCUGAGCUUGUGGCGUAUCCGUUACCACAGGCUUCUUCCUCUUACAUGCAUGGAGGAAAUCCGUCUGGUUCAGUUGUAAUGGUUAGUGGAUUACAUCAGCUAAAAAUGAAUUGUUCAAGAGUGUUCAACCUAUUCUGCUUAUAUGGAAAUAUUGAAAAGGUAAAGUUUAUGAAGACCAUUCCUGGUACAGCACUGGUAGAAAUGGGUGAUGAGUAUGCUGUAGAAAGAGCUGUCACACACCUUAACAAUGUCAAAUUAUUUGGGAAAAGACUUAAUGUUUGUGUGUCUAAACAACAUUCAGUUGUUCCAAGUCAAAUAUUUGAGCUGGAGGAUGGUACAAGUAGCUACAAAGAUUUUGCAAUGAGCAAAAAUAAUCGCUUUACAAGUGCUGGUCAAGCAUCUAAGAAUAUAAUUCAGCCGCCCUCGUGCGUGCUGCAUUAUUAUAAUGUUCCAUUGUGUGUAACAGAGGAGACCUUCACCAAGUUAUGUAAUGACCAUGAAGUUCUUACAUUCAUCAAAUAUAAAGUGUUUGAUGCAAAACCUUCUGCCAAAACACUUUCUGGGCUGUUAGAAUGGGAAUGCAAAACUGAUGCAGUGGAAGCCCUUACCGCACUUAAUCACUACCAGAUAAGAGUUCCAAGUAAGUGAAAUUGUGUCAUAAUUAUUCAAUAGCAGUUACUGUCAAAACAUUAGUAAUUUUACCAUAACACUUACUGUCUUUUUAAUAUAGAGAAGUACAAAGAAAAAAGGCAUAUAAAUCCCACCCCCCACACAAUCCUUAUGUUAGUUCCCUAUUGCUUGUAUAACAGAUUACCACUUUCAGCAGUUUAAGACAGCAAACUGAGGGUCAGUAAUCUGUGGACAGUUUAGCUGGGUAUUUCUAGCUUAGGAUCUCUCGAGUUGUGGUCAAGCUGUUUUCUGGGUCUACAGUCAUUUCAAGUCAUGCUUGGAGACUGGGAAAUCCAUUUCCAAGUUCACUUACGUGGUCCUUUGCAAGUCCAGUCAAGUUACAUUGGCCAUUUCAUGGUAGCUGGCUUUCUUCAGAGUAAGUGAUCCAAAGGAAAUGAGAGCAAAAACCAAACCAGAAGUCACAAUGUCUUUUAUACCCUAAUAUUUGGAAAUGACAUACUAUCAUUUAUGCUGUAUUUUAAUUGCAAAGACCAACUGUGGUACAGUGUGGGAGGAGACUGUACAGGGCUAUGAAUACCAGAAGGGUGGAUCAUCGAGGCCAUCUUGGAUGCUGGCUCCCACAAUCCCUCUUGAUGUUUUUAGAAGAAAGUAAUAUAUACAUUUAUAUGGUUAAAAAGCUUAAAGCACAUAAGGGUACAAAAUGAAAGUUAAAGGUUUCUACAACUUACAAUCUGUUUGUCUUCUUUAUUCCUCCUCCAGUGUAUGUAUAUCUACAUUUUAAAAAUUUACAUAAAAUGUUUUGUUUUUUUUUUAAUAUUUUGAGAGGGUGCAUGCAUGCACCUGUGCGUGUAUAAAAGUGGG